UACGUUACAUUUGAAUAACAGUGUGGCCGUACGGAAAUUCAAAAUAUUUACUAUAGCCUGCUGCGGACUAAGAAUUUUUGACUAACGUGGUUUUUAGUUUGUUUUUUGACAACUAUGUAAAGCCUAUAAAUUUUUCACAAACAUAUGUAAGCACAAGGAUCCAAUUCAUUUUAGAUCGCCGUAAAUUCAUUGCGGGAUAUAAAAUGGGGGACACUACCACCUCCAGUUCCAGCUCAGACUCUGAUUCGCCCAGCUCCGAUAAUUUGCCUGGCUGGAAUUAUUAUUCGUCUAGCUCCGGGCCCUCGUCCAGCUGGGAUUCUACGUCAAGCACUGGUUCGUCGUCAGGCUCGGAAUCGUCGUCAGGCUCGGAAUCGGAUACCUGGACAGACUUAACCAUACGUGGUGGACGCGUUGAUAUUAUCUCCCAUGCCAACUUCACCACUGUCACCUUCAGGGAUGCAUUGUCCGUAAUGGGAAAACGUAGCCGUCCUGCACCAGCACCGGAAGCGCAGAAUUCCGAGUCUUCAGAAGAUUCUCCACCGGACAAGCAAGCCAAACACAACGACGGACAGACUCGGAAACCCUACAACUGUCCUGUGUGUCUGAAAGAUGUGCGUAAGGGGGAGCCGGUGGCCACUUCGUGUGGUCACAUCUUCUGCAGAAUCUGCAUUCAAAAAUCCAUUCGCACCACAUCUAAAUGCCCAAUGUGCAAUGUUGUAUCUCCCAAGUUUCAUCGCAUUUACAUGUAAGACAAAGAUAAGGCGGACAAUUUAUGGUAAUAAAAUAUAAAUUGCCAAGAUCUGAAAUAAUCUAUUGGUAUAUAUUCAUGUGUCA